UUGCGUUCGCGUUCUUUAUGGCCGACGACGCAGAUGCAAUUGAAAUACCCUAAUUUUUACAUGAAGAUGAGGACAAUCUUUUUAUCUUUUAUAAAAAAAAAAGGUUUUUAGGCACAGUUGCCCUAAUAACAAAUGUUUGUCUUUUUGCUAGGAACGUCCCUAGAAUUCGUAAUUUUGUUGAAGGAAUGGUCAAUUUCUACAGUCCUUCUGACUUUCUAAGUUGUCAUGUAUUGUUGAGACAAGGCGGCGCAGUGGCUCCAAUGUUGUUGAUAUUGACACACACAAGUAAAUGAAGAUCUGAGUUCAACCACAUGUGGUCUCCUAUUGUCAAUACAUUACAAAAGUCAUUUCAGACUUUCUCAAAGGCAUGUGAAGCAGAGGGCAGUAACUCACACGAGAUGUCGCAAAAACAUCUCACGGUUGCUAAGCAACACAGAACAGAAGCGUUUGGUUUGCAUGCUGACGGAGCUAACCCAUCUUUAAAUAAUAACGUCGACACUGUUUACAGGAUGACGAGUCAGAGACCCGUAAGCCGCGGGUCGUUUGGACCGAUUUCUGGAAGACCACCAACAGCAGUAGGACCCCCAGAAACCGCCGUCCGAGUGGGCACAGCGAUGGUACCGGGCACCGGGAGACCAGGAACCAAAGGUGGACCCCUGGCUGCUGGUGUUCUUUCUGCCCAGAUUAAAGUGGCUGAUCGUCCUGUUACGCAGCAGGGGCUCAGCGGUAUGAAAACAGGAAUGAAAGGACCUCAGAGACAAAUCUUGGAUAAAUCAUAUUACCUUGGGUUACUACGGAGUAAAGUAAAUGAGUUGUCAACCGAAUCCAGCAAAUUACAGAAAGACAUUGACACCUUCAAUCAGGAGAAUUCUGUCUAUCUUUCUUAUGAAAAAAGAGCUGAAGGACUAGCUGGAGAAAUUAAAGAUCUUCAGGGACAACUGGCAGAUUACAACAUGGUACACAUUUACACAAAUAAAUGUGUCUUUAACUGCAGGCCGAUGUCUAUGUCCAGAAUGAAUGAAUGUAAGAAAGUCAUGAGAUGCAGCUUUUCAUCCUUUUUUUCCUGUAUUUAUUAUUUGUCACAUAACCAGCUGGUUGACAAGCUGAACACAAACACUGAAAUGGAAGAAGUUCUCAAUGACAUCAUCGUGCUGAAAGCUCAGAAUGACCGAGAGGCUGAAGGUAUGGACGUCAUUUUCACUGAGAGAAGACAAAAAGAGGAUUUGAUCCGAGCUGUGGAGGAACACAUCGUCCAGGAAAAACAAGCAGCAGAGGACAUUAUUCAAAAGAUGUCUUCCGAUAAACAAGCAAAGUAUUCUGAGAUGAAAGGCACCAAUGAAGAGCUAAUGCAGGAGCUGGAUGCUCUUCAAGAGGAACUAGAUGCUCUCAUCAGCAGGAAGGAGACUUUUGAGACGGAGCUACUUCACUCGCAGGUGAAACAGGAAGCAGUCAUGCUGCAUGAGAAGCUGUUGGAGCUGGAGAGCCGUAAAGAAGCCAUGCUGGCUGAAGACAGGACCAUGGGCUCUCCUCAAGAGGAGAGGGAGCGACUCUUCAAACAGGUCAAAGAAAACAACCAGGAAAUCGGCAGCAUGGAACGACAAUUAACAGAUGUGCGGGAAAAAAUCAGCAGUCUCACUGAAGAGUUGCGACAACUGGAUGCUAACAUGGAGGAACAUCAAGGUGAACGAACACAGAAGUACAGAGAGCUUCAGAAGAGAGAGGAAGAAAUAGACUCCUAUCUCAACACAUAUGAAGAGAACACGUCUCUGGAGCUGCAGCACAUCAGAGGCGCUCAGAGCAGAAUCGUGGCUUUACUGGAGCACUCGAGCAGGAACAUCAAUCGCAUGCAGCAGCUGUCUGCAGUCACCGCACAAGAGCUGAAGUCCAUGCAGGAGGACCUGAGCUUUAAAGAGACCGAGAUGCAGAAGUCUCAGAGCACAGCUAAAGGCCUUUCCUCAGAGAGUGAGCGUUUACAGAUGGACCUGCUGAAAGUCGAGCAGCUGGAAGGAAAAGUCACGAUGGAGCUUCAGACUCUUACAGAUCAACUUCAAUUAAUGACCCAUGAGCUGAACACGUACAGAGAUCUCGAUGCACUCAAGGCUGCUGGGGAGGACAGAAAGAAGAGGCUGCAGGGCGACCGAGCUGUGCUCACUCAGAUGAAGAACACAUUUAAGAAGACGAUUCACAAAAAGCAUGAAGAGUUUGAGUCUCUAAAGAGUCACUUACAAGAGCAUGAGACCCAUGUCGAGCUGACUAACAUGGAGAGAAAGUGGCAACAUUACGAACAGAACAACUACGUGAUGAAAGAAUUCAUUGCCUCAAAGGGCGUAGAAACCGAUUACCGACCAGUGGUGAAGAACGUCAACAAACAGCUGACAGACUACAAUAAGAUACUGACAGAUAGCCUGCAGGGCACAAGAAACUGAUUCUCAUACUCACAGAUGCUUCUGACAUUUUAACUGUGAUAAAUGUAGCAUAUUUAGAUUCACAUUCAUUCCUAACUAGUGUUCAUCUGAACCCUUUUAUGAUCUCCGUUCUGGCUCUGAGCCGGUUCUGGGUGUGGGCUCUUAGAGAGGAACUUCACUGAUGAGCAUCUUUCAUUACGUCCUCUAGCAUCUUCACUUGAGCUGUUAAGCCCUAAUGCACAGAAGUUUCAUUAAAACUUACUAGAAAUCAAA